GUGAAUAGUGAAUGAGAAGUUAAUUUUGGGACGGAUAGGGUAUUCUAUAUAAUAAAGUCUAUAAUGCGUGUAUAUUAACAUAUAACUAUGCAUACAUAAUUUUUUUUAAUCAAACCCCCCAGAUUUUAUUAAGAAUGAGUAAUAGUAUGUCUGAAGAUAAGCUGCUUGUCAACCAUCCAUCUUCUAAGGUCUGCAACGAUUCUUCUCCACCGACCUUCUGUGACCUCUCCCAAAAUAAUGUCAACAACAACCUUAGAAUCAGUUUCAACCUCAAACGUCUGAAAUCCCUUAUUAAUCGCCCAAGAAACAAAUCGAUGAACCGCCUUAAGCUCUGCCUCCAUCACCGACGCUGCAGAAAGUGGAAAAUGAAGAGCCACCUCCAACUCUCCUGAAAUGGAUCUGACUACAGUUCCCCCUGCAACCUGGCGAGCAUUGAAGCACGCAUCUACAUUCAGCUUGAAUCGAAGAGAAGGCAUGGCUGAAAGAGAAAGCAGCAUUCCGUGCUCUUCUAACUUGCUGAAAGGCUGAAGAUAAAGUAAAGGUUCCCUUACAAUCAGGGCUGAACCCAGAUAUCUCAUUGGCAUGCUGAUUUUAGUCAUCUCCAAGAGUCUCUCCAUGCUCCUGAUUCUAGCUAGGGAGGUGUUCCAGUAAGUAUGAUGAACGUCAAAGGCCUCGCCCGACUCAAGAACAAACCGGCCAAGGAUCCGAAGGGGCCGGACGCUGGUGGCCAAAAGCCCGUCGGUGCGCCUCCCAAAAAACCAGAGGGCGAUGCUGCUGCGGCUAAGAGAAAGCCGUCGGCAAAGGAGCCCCCCCAAGCCCCCAAAAAGUUGAAGAAGGGGGAUGCCGCGAAGGAUGACCCCCCGGUGGUGAUUGUAGAUGACCCUCCGGAGAUGCCGAUGGCGCAGGCGCCGAGGGGGGUCCGGGAGCCAUCUCUCGAGGUCCUCACGCUCUCCCUUCCGGCUGGAACGGCCGUGUUGAAUGGCACGGCUGACCCGAGGGCGCUCCUGAGAGGUAUAACCCUCGAUAUCGACAGGGCAGCUCUCGGGGCCGAUGAUGAUCAAGCCCUUGAAGACAGGAUCCUCCGGUCUUCCCUCACGACUUGCGUUGCCCUCGGGGAGCUGUUCCGACGGCUGGAGGAAUGGCGCCUCCACAAAGCUGGGCAAGACGCCAAGAUGAAGGAGCUGAUCCUUAGGGACUCCCAGGCCACGAAGCUGAUGGCCUAGCUUGAGGAGGACCUCCGGCUUGCGAGGGCGGAGGCCGGGAGGCUCAGGGAGGAGAAGGCAGAAGCUGAGGCGGCCGCUGCGGAGGCCGCAAGGAGAGCAGCCGAGGAGGCCGAGGCCAUCAAGGCGAAGGCUGUCGCCACAGCCCGGGAGGAGGCCAUCUCCGGGUUCCUGGACGGGGGGUGGAAGACCGAGGGGCACAAGGCAUGGCUGUCUUCGGUUGUUGAGGCCUCAGUUGAUGAAUGGUCCGAGGGCCCGGGGGAGGAGUGGAUGGCCCGGAAGGGUAAGCAGUAUUAUGAUGGGGGUGAGUUCUUCACUCAAGCCCUCAUCUACCGGAGGAUGGUCCGCCAUCUGAAGGUUGAGCCGAAGGACUUUGACCCGGCGGCGUGCGGGCUCCCCCCCUGCAGCCAGAUAUCCGUGUUCCUCUCCCCCCUGAUGUCGAGAGGCCAGACCUAGAGGAUUCCGAGCUCCGAAGGGAAGCCGAGGGCGACGAUCCUGAGGCCGAUGUAGAAGUUACCUCGAAGCCAUCGGGGGAGGCGGCCCCCGGGAAUGACAUUAUUUGAUAUGUACUCUGUAAUUUGAACAAUUUUGUAAUAGCCUCGACCUAACAUUGUAAUAACUAUAUUUACUCCUUGUUGUGAUGAAUGAUUGAAUGCCUUCGGGCUUUGUAUCUAUG